ACAGUCCUGAAGCUGUUUUAACUCGUCUUUGUUCCCGAACAAAACUUUAUCCAUCAACUCGAUUACGGGUGUUGCUGGUUUUAACAUCCAAUCCAUUGCUGUUCAUAUAUUCCUACAUGGAUCAUCAAUUUCGACCCUGAGGUACACAGCCUUUGCACAUUAUCCACCUACUUCAUACUACUCGGUACAGCGCCUCCCACGAUGGGGAAGAACGACAGUGUCCCUGACGCCUGGGAUGAUGAUUGGGAAUCUUUGGCGGAUCGUGCGGCUAAAGAAGCACCAUCGCCUGAACCAGAGAAGGAAGUUAAAAUGACGAAAGCAGAAAGAUUAGCUAUGCACGUCGAGGCACAGCGGAAGCUAUGGGAAGCAGCGGAAUCGGAAAAGGAGAUCAAUUUUCUCGCGGCAACCAGCUCGGUGCCUUUGACUACACCUUUCAAGCCAGCCAUGAAGGUUCUCAGCCGCAGACCGGUAAUCGCAAAAAGAGAUCCGGUAACUGGACUAGAGCGAUUAACUCUACAGGACGACGAAGACGAGGACGAGAGUAAGAACAAGAAGCAAGAGACACCAGAAGAAAUUCGGAUGCGCCAACAACGGGAACUGGAGGAGAAGCAACGGCGAUACGAUGAGGCACGGGCGAAGAUCUUUGGAGAAUCCAGUCCUUCCUCUGGAUUGUCAACACCUGGAAGCGUUACGCCGCCAAAAGAAACCGACAGGACCGACAGGGCCCGCAGCGACAGACCGAACCACAGACGGGGAAGAGGACGUGGAGGUAUGCAUCGCACCGACAGCCGGCCGGAAAGCCAGACUCGCCGCCUACCGCUCAACCCGCAAUCAACUCCCAGAGAGCUGUUCGACCCAAACUAUUCGACGAAGCCAGGCUCAACCAGCCAGAGGCGGUCGGCAGAGGACUCUCCGAACGUUAGCAAAUCAAAUUCUCGACGGGAUGAAGAUCAAGCUAUUCGGGCACCGAGAGGUCCAGACAGCAGUGGAAGAGGAGGAUUUGGAUUCGCUCGCCGUGGAGGAUAAGCUGGGUAACCUUCAUUAUUCAUAUUGACGAUCCCCCGAUAGGUCUCUGACUGGUGUGCGGCGCUCUACCAUCCUCCGCCAAUCUUCCCCGCAAGCUGGACGACUCUCUCAGUAUCAGUCAUCUUCUUCUCCUUACCGACGUCACUGACAACCUCCCGAUAGCUUGUGUACGCCAGUCUUUCCAGCUGUAUCCCCGUCAAUGUUGACCAGUGGGUCAAGACAUUUCGGAUAUGCGAAGGGGAAAUGCCAUCAACAACCAGAUCCAAACUCUCAUCCUGGGCUCUUGAGCCUGACUCGUCUCCCGAGAAGUACGCUUCAUCGACUUCUUUCUGCCACUCCUUCUGCUCCUGGGGUCCUGGUUUUACAGCGAGACCCUUCCGAUCAACUACCACUUGGUCAUCUACCUUGAUCUGGCCACCUCCAUUGGUACAGCCGCCUGGGCAAGCCAUUACCUCAACAUAGCCAUAGUCCAAACCGCUGGCUUUGCCUGCCGGCCUCUUGGCGCUACCAAACGGCUUUCCGCCAGGCAUUCGGGAUGUCUUUGCGGGUUUCAGCUUGCGGACCAAGUUCUGAAUAUUUCGGAACCCAUAAUACCGCGCUGCCUUGAACAUAACCUCGCCCGCUUCCGCGAUCAACUUGUAUUCGACAACGUCGGCGUUCCUCCCUGGUACCGUCUGUAUCUGUGAGCCCGGAUUCUUCGCUUGCAGGUGGCGAAGGAUGAAGUGCAUGUUACCGCCGGAUGUGCCAGCUUCACGUGACUGUUGACGGUGACCGGGUCGAAAUAGGAAGUCGUGUAUUAAUUGGUCUGGAAAUCGAGGGGUUUGGGGCGGCAUCGAGGCCGACAGACUGAAAAAGUCAAAGCCUCUGGAUGCGGCAAGCAUGAGUACCUCCUUGCUUGUGAUAACACAGUCGACGUCCCGUACUCCUCUGCCCGGCUUGCCAUCCCCAGCCCAGACAGCAUCUGUCAACUCUUCACGACUAGCCUCGAGCUUCUUGUCGAAACAUGGCAUCACAGCCAAAUGCCAUAUCCUCUCGGGUGCGAUAUCAAGGAUUCGACUGAGGGAUGUUUUCAAAAGGGUGCCCAUGAGGGCCUGGGGUGAUUUUACUCGGGAAAGAUGCGGUAGUACGUAGGGGUGUGUCUUUUCUGCAUAGCAUACCCAACCAGGGCACGAAGCAGUGAGAACUGGUGUAGCAGCUUUGUCAGACGGCGCUAUCAAGCCUCCAAGGACUUCGUCAGACCCAAGGACAAGAGUUGCCUCCCGCGCCGUGUUUGUGUCCACCACCCACGUGAACUUGUUCCCCCAUUUUCCACCUCUUGCUAGACCCUGUUCACCCAAGAAUAGCUGUUCGAUCAUCCGACCAGCUUGCUGCUCUGUAACACCGUUGCCGCAUGCUGCAGCCAAACUGGCUCUGCUCUGAGGAGAGACACUGGCAACGUAUAGCUUCGCGUCGCUGUUUUCCAGGCCUUGAACAGAGUGCUUUCCGUUCGCAUCAGGUCCUACCAGCUUCAAAGCCGGGGCGGAGUCCAGCAUGUUGAGAACCUCAUUGUGACUCUGUAGACUGACUAGUACCGCCUCGGCAGACGUUACGCAGCCAGAGCAGGCGAGACAGUCGGUAAGCGAGAUUUCAGCCGGCGGAGCAUUACUCUUGGCUUCUGGUUGCUGGCCGUCAAGUAUAACCUCCACUUCGAGGGAGGAGUUGGCGUCGCCUGCGGGCGGCGCGGCGGUCGGCAAAGUCUCGAUGGGCUUGAUGCAGGCUACGCCCGGGCUGAUGAAGUCGUUCAGGUCGUCAACGGAGAGAAUCGCGGACAUGAUUAUUCAUGGAUUAUCAGGCUAAGCGCCUGAUGAUCGUAGGCGCAAAGGUCAACGUUGGGUUUUGAUAGGAUCGGUAGAUAAUCGUCGAGAAAUAUCGUUCGUGUUGGCAGUGAUUCGAAAGUCAAGUGUGCUGGGUUGCUAAGUCGUGCUCUUACAAAUCGAUGCAGUCGCAAGUGCCCCACUGAACCCAGAAACCCACGGACACUUUGCUAGAGGUUUCUCUUUUUCUGUCUGUCUUUGUUUUUACUGUCAAGGACUGCGAUCUUCUAAAGGAAUGAGCAGGAAUCAG